AUGUCCUUUUUCCAGUUGGAUUGGGAAUGUUCAUAUCAAGAGUAUAUGAAAAUGAUCUAUCAUCACGCAACGAACUAUGUUCCGCCACGGGUUUCACAAGAGAGGCACCUCAUCACUUGUAGGGAGCUGCUGAAUGAAGCUCAGAGGGAAUGCAAGGGAGGCAAGUAUGAUCUUUCCUUCUUUCACUACCUUCGGUGUGUGGAGAUUCUCACUAAGGUGGGGAUACCCUCUACAUACAAAGAUUCAAUGGUUUUGAAGAAGCAGUGUAUGGAUGCCAUUGAAGCCCUCAUGAAUGGCGCUCUUAAAAAUCACUAUGAAAAAAUGGUUGAAGAAUUAAACUCGAAGAAGGAAGGAGUUGAUGUUUUAAGUGUAGGGGAUCCCUCUGUAGUUAAUGUGAACAAUGAGGAAGCUGAACAUUUGAAGCGUAGGGAGGUGCUUCUGAAAAAUGAGCGCGGUACUUUGGAUAGUUGGAGGGGAGAGAUAGGAGAAACGCGUAUACCCUACAAUCAAAUCUAUAAUACCACUGUGGAUUAUCAGUAUUGGAAUCGUGAUGUUGCAGCAACCGUGGCAUCAGAUGGUGUAGUUGUUCCGCCACGAUCCAUACCGUGUGCUUCCCCUAACGCUUACUGCAAGUGGACAUAUAACUCUAGUUUUCAGGGUAAGUGGAACCCUAGACGGGGAAUGGUUAAUCUUGGUAAUACUUGCUAUUUGAAUAGCGUCGUACAGACGCUUGUUUCUACACCAUUGGGGGCUUAUUUUCUGGGUGACAAGUAUACGCUUGAUGUCAGUACUGCUGGGAGGCAGACUUGUAGGCUGGUCAACUCUUUCACUUUCAUUGUUCGAGAGUUGAACCGCAGGGACUGCGCUGCCCCUGUGAGUCCUUCACCAUUUAAAAAAGCGAUGGGAGAGGUUAAUGAAGCGUUUUCUGGUUUUGGGCAACAGGAUGCAAAUGAGUUUCUGAGAGUCCUUCUUGAGGGGAUACACGACGGGUUGAAUGAUCGAAGAACGGUCAAAGCCGUUCCGAGUGACGCAGACACUAUCGAAUUCAGUGAUGCGGAGUUGGCGAAACGCCACUGGGAGCAAUACACGCAACAAAACAAUUCUGUUGUCGUUGAUAACUGUGCAUUUCAAGAGCGGAGUUCUAUUAUGUGUUUAGUAUGUCGAAGAAUUAGUAGGUCUUUUACAUGUUCGUUGGGAAUCGACGUUCCCAUUCCUGCCGGGACUGGGAACAUUUGCCUGGAAGACUGCUUCAGACUAUAUUGCAAAGAAGAGGAGUUGGAUCUUGAUUCAGCGUAUCACUGCCCUUCGUGCAAGCAAAAGGUCAAAGUAUCGAAACAGCUUUUGUUGUAUUCACUACCGACCCUGUUGUUUGUAACGAUCAAACGUUUUCGAAGCGAUGGCGCUAUAUCGAUGAAAUUAAAUGACCCCGUUUUCUUUCAGAAAAAGAUUGACUUAAAACCCUUCUUGUGUUCGACAGAGAAAAACACCAUAUACGAUUUAGUCGGUGUGGUGAACCACAGUGGGAGCACGACCGGCGGCCACUACACUGCUGAUUAUUAUGAUAAUCAUUGUGGGUGGUCUUCAGCUAGUGAUGAGCGAGUCUCUAGGGCGGACAAACCUGACUAUCGACUUGUUUAUAUUCUGUGUUACGUACGUUCUGCUUAG